GGCGCGCUCGGGCGCGCUCUCGAGGGCGGGGCGCACGCCCGCGCCGCGCGUCCCCGCGCCGCUCGCGCUCACGCGCCGUCUCAGCGUCCUCAGCCCCAGCAGCAGCCCCCGCAGUUGCUGUAGCGGCCGCGCCCGCCGCAGGGAGGGAGGAGCAUCUGGGGAGGCUCCAAGUUGGCGGAGCGACUAGGACCCCCGGACUCUUCAGCGGCCGCCCGGGAGGGGCUGAGAGGAGAGCCGGGGAGGGGGCGCCGCCCAGCCCCUAGUCCCGAGCCCCGAGCCCCGACCCCUGCCCGCGGCGGCACCAUGCGCGCUGAGCCGGCGUGACCGGCUCCGCCCGCAGCCUCCCCGCAGCCUAGCCCGGCGCUGUCUGUCGCUGGCCACACCGAGCGGCGCCCGGGAGCUAUGAGCCAUGAAGCCGCCCGGCAGCAGCUCCUGGCGGCCGCGCCUGGCGGGCUACAGCCUUCGCCGAGCCUGCGGCGGCCCCCGCGGCGGCCCCGCCGGCCCGGCGCCUGCCCGCGCCCCGGCCCGCGCGCCGCCCUGCCGCCUGCUCCUCGUCCUUCUCCUGCUGCCUCCACUCGCCACCUCGUCCCGGCCCCGUGCCUGGGGGGCUGCUGCACCCAGCGCUCCGCACUGGAAUGAAACUGCAGAAAAAAAUUUGGGAGUCCUGGCAGAUGAAGAGAACACGGUGCAACAGAAUAGCAGCAGUAAUGCCAGUUACGGUAAUGCAAUGCAGAAAGAAAUCACACUGCCUUCAAGACUCAUAUAUUACAUCAACCAGGACUCGGAAAGCCCUUAUCAUGUUCUUGACACAAAGACAAGACACCAGCAAAAGCAUAACAAGGCUGUCCAUCUCGCCCAGGCAAGUUUCCAGAUUGAAGCCUUUGGCUCCAAAUUCAUUCUUGACCUCACACUGAACAAUGGUUUGCUGUCUUCUGAUUAUGUGGAGAUCCACUACGAAAAUGGGAAACCACAGUACUCUAAGGGCGGGGAGCACUGUUACUACCACGGAAGCAUCCGAGGUGUCAAGGACUCCAGAGCAGCUCUCUCGACCUGCAACGGACUUCAUGGUAUGUUUGAAGAUAAUACCUUUGUAUAUAUGAUAGAACCACUGGAGCUGACUCAUGAUGAAAAAAGCACAGGUCGACCACAUAUAAUCCAGAAAACCUUGGCAGGACGAUAUUCUAAGCAAAUGAAGAAUCUCAGUAUGGAAAGCAGUGACCAGUGGCCCUUUCUAUCUGAAUUACAGUGGUUGAAAAGGAGAAGAAAGAGAGCAGUGAAUCCAUCUCGUGGUGUGUUUGAAGAAAUGAAAUAUUUGGAACUUAUGAUUGUUAAUGAUCACAAAACGUAUAAGAAGUAUCGCUCUUCUCAUGCACACACCAAUAACUUUGCAAAGUCUGUGGUCAACCUUGUGGAUUCUAUUUACAAGGAGCAGCUUAAUACCAGGGUUGUCCUGGUGGCUGUAGAGACGUGGACUGAGAAGGAUCAUAUUGAGAUCACCACCAACCCUGUGCAGAUGCUCCACGAGUUCUCCAAAUACCGGCAGCGUAUUAAACAGCAUGCUGAUGCUGUGCACCUCAUCUCGCGUGUGACGUUCCACUAUAAGAGAAGCAGUCUGAGUUACUUUGGAGGUGUCUGUUCUCGCACAAGGGGAGUUGGUGUGAAUGAGUAUGGUCUUCCAAUGGCAGUGGCACAAGUAUUAUCGCAGAGCCUGGCUCAAAACCUUGGAAUCCAAUGGGAACCUUCUAGCAGAAAGCCAAAAUGUGACUGCACAGAGUCCUGGGGUGGCUGCAUCAUGGAGGAAACAGGGGUGUCCCAUUCCCGAAAGUUCUCAAAGUGCAGCAUUUUGGAAUACAGAGACUUUUUACAGAGAGGGGGCGGAGCCUGUCUUUUCAACCGGCCGACAAAGCUAUUUGAGCCCACAGAAUGUGGAAAUGGAUAUGUGGAGGCUGGGGAGGAGUGUGACUGUGGUUUACAUGUGGAAUGCUAUGGAUUGUGCUGUAAGAAAUGCUCUCUCUCCAAUGGGGCUCACUGCAGCGACGGGCCCUGCUGUAACAAUACCUCAUGUCUCUUUCAGCCACGAGGGUAUGAAUGUCGGGAUGCUGUGAAUGGGUGUGAUAUUACUGAAUAUUGUACUGGGGACUCCGGCCAGUGCCCACCAAACCUUCAUAAGCAAGACGGGUACGCAUGCAAUCAGAAUCAGGGUCGCUGCUACAACGGGGAGUGCAAGACCCGGGACAACCAGUGCCAGCACAUCUGGGGGACCAAGGCUUCAGGGUCUGACAAGUUCUGUUACGAAAAGCUGAAUACAGAAGGCACGGAGAAGGGAAACUGUGGGAAGGAUGGAGACCGAUGGAUCCAGUGCAGCAAACAUGAUGUAUUCUGUGGAUUUUUACUCUGUACCAAUCUUACUCGAGCUCCACGCAUUGGUCAACUUCAGGGUGAGAUCAUCCCAACUUCCUUCUACCAUCAAGGCCGAGUGAUUGACUGCAGUGGUGCUCAUGUGAUUUUAGAUGAUGAUACAGAUGUUGGCUAUGUAGAAGAUGGAACGCCAUGUGGUCCAUCCAUGAUGUGUUUAGAUCGGAAGUGCCUACUGAUUCAGGCCCUAAAUAUGAGUAGCUGCCCACUUGAUUCCAAGGGUAAAGUCUGUUCAGGCCAUGGGGUGUGUAGUAAUGAAGCCACCUGCAUCUGUGAUUUCACCUGGGCAGGGACAGACUGCAGUAUCCGGGAUCCAGUUAGGAACCUUCACCCCCCCAAGGAUGAAGGACCCAAGGAAAUGUCAAGAAGAGGAGGUUCGAUCCCACUCAGCAAGGCCCCAUCUGAGUCGGCGGCACCGGGUGAGCGGUGCUUCGCACUGUUGGGUUCUGGGCGUGACAAACUCGCAGCACCCUGGCCGGAACUGUUAAGUCUGUAAACAAGAACACUGGGUGGUAACGACCACAGAACUGAAGCUGGGGGACAGGGAUGGGGCAAAAGGAAACUGUCCUUUUGGGAACUAAUUUCGAAGAACCCCUCUCACCACCUGUCAAUAAAAGGGGAUAAAAGACGAUGUUAUAAAAAAGAACUAUUUCACAGAAUCUUUUUUUUUUCUAACUAAAGGAAGAAGGGACAAUAACACAAAAUUAAGUGCAAUAAAAGAACCAUUAAAAAAUAGCAAAUGAUUUUUUUUCUUUCCUCAGCCUGCCGGCACUUAAUAUCUUCUAAAUGAUUUGGCAUGAUUUUUUUUCCCCUUUCCUACCAAUGACACACUCCAGUGGCAUGAAGAUCUAAUUUUCGAAAGGGUCAAAUCUGCAUGGCAUCUAUACAACAAGCAGCUCGCAAACCAAUCCACAGCCAAACCUGCAACUGAAUUCCUACGGUGAAGAUGAAAGGUAAACACAUGGAGGCUGCCUGGCCUUCACCCCCUAGUCUAGACCAGGCCACGAGGGACUCCGGACCCGGGCUCUUGUUGAUUCACUUCCCCAUUGUCUGUUCUCUCGGACCAAGCAUCCUUUGGAAAUAGGAGCUGAGACUCAAACAAUGAUGCUACUGUAUAGUUCUUUUAUAAAUGUAAAUAUGGAAAUAAGAGAUUUUGACACAUCAUUUUCACUUGUCUGUACUGAAAUAUUUUUCUUGUAAAGUAGAUUUGAGUUCAUUGUUUGCUCCCCAUCUUUUGGGUUCUUUUCUCUUGUUUCCUCUCUCUCUCUUCUUCUCUUGUCACAACAGUCACAACAAUGAUUUGGGGGCUUGCUUAACAGAGACAGACAUAGCCACAGAUGCAGGGAGUUUGGGCACAAAAUAGGUACAAUUUAAAAAUGAAAUCCUUGAAUGAAAGGAAAUGCUUGAAACCAAAAGUAAGCAAAAGGGUGGGGGGGGGAGGGACACAAACAACUAAAUAACCCUUAUUAAACAUACGUAAAUUAUGUAAAUGCAGAUAUAUGUACUGACAAGUCUAAAAAUUUUUGAUGUCAUUAUAAACGUGUGUACAUAAUGUAAGAAAGUAGACACCCUCUCAAAUUAAUCACAGAAGUGCCAAGCUCAUGAUUUUUGUUUUUGGUUUUGACAGUUUUCUUUCCCUGUCUUUAAUGUGAAAGAAGGAUAAACUUAAAGCCUUAAAUUAUAAACAAUUUUUAAAUGUUAAAAACUUGGGGGAAAAAAUUAAGCUUUCCAUUUUAUUCAUAUCUAUUAUUGUCAGUAUCUCAUUCAUGCUUCAUCUUCCUGCCUUGAAAUACAUAUGGUAGAACCCCACUGUGAAACUGGGAAUGGAGACAGAAGCAGCAAUUACCUUCUUGUGAGCAUUGCUAUCAUAGGAUUUAAGUCUGUGUGUUGUGUUUUCGACAAAUCUUGUUGGGCCCAUGGUGUGUUCCUGGUCUGUGGAAUGUUCGGAUUAUGACGGGAUUCUACUAUUCACAAGCUCAUGGUCUUCUUUUGCCUCCAGGGAGAUGUGCAGAUGUAAUCUGGGUUCCCAAGCCCCUUCAAGUUUACUUCAUUUGCACUGACUUUUUCUUCCAUUUAUGAUCAACACAGCUUCCGUUCAAGUGUUAAGUAUAUGCAUUAAUAAAGAAAUUUGGUCCUGACUUUGUUUUGAAUGUAAAAACUUGUACGUGAUUUCUUCAGUCAGCGCAUCCAUUUAGAGACGAGCUUUCCUCUUUCCUGACAGCCCCCAUAGAGCCCACUCUUCCCUAACGUCCCCCUUUCAGGAACAGGACACACAAUUCUACUAUUCGCUUCAUGACAACCCAAUGAGUUGCUAGAUUUAGCGUUAAGUCCCUUUUCAGCAAGAUUCAUGGCACCAAUCUCACCACUUUGGCUUUGAUUUUGGAGAGGCUUUUGUCCUUAAAAUGUACUGCUUGAAACAGUGGGGAUUUUUUUCCAGAUACAUUUAAUUGUGGAAUUAUCACAAUCAUAGAGCAGAAACCUUAAUUUCUGUGUGCUACAGUAGAUCACAGCCUAACCUCUUAAUCCUGUUAUUGCAUUCUGAGUACUAGGUGCUACCCAGGUCUGCAGUCUUUCUCUAGAACUAGCUAUCCGUUUAUAUUGUAAAAACAGGGCUAUUACCAGGCUUAUCAGCCUUAUUCUUGGCUUCAUAAAACACAGGUUGUAUCCCUCCACCUAGUGGCGAUGGCUCUUUCAGCCCCGAGGAAACUCAGAUUACUUGGCAUCUCUUCCUGUCGCUGCAUUGUUUAUGUCUCGCUGUUGCUGGAUUGCACUCACUAGUGGAUUCCAAGCUGCUACCGAGUACACCAUACACAUUUCACUGCUCUUCCAGAGGCCCCGUGGUGACUUACGGACACAAAACCAUGGCGGUUACAAAACAGGUUGAAUCUCUUUUAUUAAGUUUUGAGCAUUUCACAAACAACAUUGUAAGUGUGCGAUGUUAUGUUUUAAAUCAGACCACAGUGGUCCCCAAAUAUUAUGUACAUAACGGCAAAUGUCAGUGUAACUUUUUGUUACACUGGCAGUUUCAUAGGUAACCAACCCUAUGUUCCAAUGUUGAAUUAUUUGUGUGUAUAUGUAAAAUACACAAGCUUUAAGCUAUGUGUGUAUGAAUAUGAAAGAUAAUGCAACCACACCAGUCGCAAACAAUGGAUUAUAAUUAUCUUUGGUGGUAUUAGGUUAUGUCAUUUCAAACUCUUUGCUGUAUUUUUUCUUGCACAUGCCAUUCAUUUGCUCAUUUUUGUGGUGAGGGUAGUCCUUUUCAUUAAUUUGAGCUCAAAGCACAAGCUCAAGUUAUCACCAUCUUAAUGUUACCCAACAAGAGUUAGUGUUAAGUGAUGGCAAGUUCCCAUUCCACCUGCUAUUCUUUGCUGCAUUAAUUAACGACACCUGGAUGAGGAGGUGUGCGCUAACUUCAUUGCUCACUGGGAUACUGCAUGAGCCCACUGAAUUAGUGCUACUCCUGUUAGAUCAAUGAGCAGUACACAUAGGUGCAUGUUUUGAAACAUGAAUCACAUAGAGCUGUGGAGUUUUACCAAGUAGUAUGCGUGUUUUCUCUUUUGGUUUUUGUUUUUACUAUGCAAAGAUGGGAAAUGCACAAACUUUUCGAAGACUAUAGCGUCCGAAGAACUUUACAAACAAUACUUGAACCUUUCUUUAAAGUCAUCCCAUCAGAUUUUAUAGUCAUUGUUGCUUCCACUGUUAAUUUUCAUUUUUAAAUGGUUUGUAAUUUUUUUAAGUGUACAACCUGAAGUUUUGUUGGAAGUUGAUAAAUUCAUUCAUAAUCCUGUCGGCUGCCUGUGAAUGGAGAUUCAGUAGUCAUUGUAUGCAUCUUUUAGACAAGUGUGUAUUAAAAUCUUUGUUAACAUAGAAUGUUGUAGCUUUAUACUUUAUUUUUCUUAAGCCCCUUUGUUUGUGUUAUCUUGUAUUGUUGAUUAAAUGGCCAUGUGCCUGAUAUCAAGAGUUUUAGCACGGGUUUCUCAGUCAAAGGCUCACUGAAAAUUUAAGCAGUCAAUGGAGCAAAAUAAAAUCUCUGAUUAAUGAUAAAUAUA